AACAGCCGAAAACGCAGUAGUAGACACUGCGAAUGCUCAGACAUUCACAGUCCAAGGCCUUGGCUGCUGCUGCCAGCACUCCAGGACUCGGCCUCGUCUGCUGGGCCGUGCGGCUUUUUGCAAACACUAAUCAUUGUUACCCAACAUCCAGGGUCAAGGACUCGGGACUCCAAUUUCAAGGAUUUCAGCAGGGCGAAAGCUCAGAGAAUGGAGAGUGAACAGAGUCACCGCUCGGGCUGGCGCGCCCACUGCUGCAGGUUAGCCGUGUCAAUGUCAUCCAUCAUGUCAUCCUCGAUGGAUGAUGGCCAUCGGGUAAGGGCAAGAAAGGGUCCAGUCCUCCCCUCCAUCAGUGGUCUCUCCAAUCUCCAUCAAAGACAGAUACCUGCCCGGAAAUCAAUAAUAAUAGCCAAGGUACCAGAGAUGGCUUCCGACUGCAUCAGCCCAGUGGCUGCUACCUCCGGGUCUUCGGAACAGACGGCUCAUUGUCGACUCCCUGCCUCGUCUUCGUCUUCGUCGCUACUUUUGUCCUCUCUCCAUUCCUCCCUUUCUCUCUGUCUUGUCUCGUCUCGUCUGGACUCUGGGCAACCAUCCCACAUAUCGACAUCCACACGACAUCCUUAG